ACACAAAGGAAUAAGAAAAAUACUGAUGAAUUCAAUUCAACCCUCGCCAUUGUCGUACCUCCCAAACUCAAAUUUCUCUUGAUCCUCUCCUUUCUUUAGUUUCCACAAUUCUCUUUAUGUUCCCUUCCUUCCAAUUGACUUGCCGUCUGGUCAGAAUCGUCGAAAUUGGAUUGAUUGCUAUUAUGAUCGGAAAUCGCUUGAUCCAUGGCAUCUAAUUUUGGCGUUUCUGGGAAAUUCCUCCUGAGAUGAUGAUUGAUGGCUUCGGACUUAACAAUUUUGAUGUUUGUCUUUCUUGUUCAGAAGAUUCUUUUGCUGGAUGGUUUUAUGACUUAUCUCAGGAAACUCUCCGAUUAGAAAGCGAAAUAUGAGAUUCCACAGGUAGGAAAGUCGGGCAGCGAUUUAUUCAGAGUCUGGAUGUAGGGACAGUAACAACUACUUCAAGGCUUCCCUAUGGUCAACUUUCUUUCAUCUGCUUUCUCUGCAUUUGAAGCACGUAGUAGUAGCGAGCCACCGGUCGUUGAAAAGAAGGCGAUCCGUUCACGAUUCAAUGGUUGGACAGCGGCUGUGAGAAAAGCUGUGAGUGUUGGCUCAAUGAGGAGGUUUCAUGAACGUAUACUGGGAUAUGCUAGGACCGGUGUCUCUAGCUCAACAAGUGACAUAUGGCUUCUAGGCGUUUGCUAUAAAAUUUCACAGGAUGAGCCAUCUGUAGAUUUGCCUGCCGCUAACAGUGGAUUAGCAGAUUUUGAACAAGAUUUCUCAUCGAGAAUUUUAAUGACAUAUCGUAAAGGUUUUGGUGCUAUUGGAGAUUCAAAGUACACUAGUGAUGUAAAUUGGGGCUGUAUGCUCCGAAGUAGUCAGAUGCUCGUUGCUCAGGCUUUGCUUUUUCAUCGAUUGGGGCGAUGUUGGAGAAGACCAGUACAAAGUCCUUUGGACCAAGAGUACAUUGACAUCUUGAAUCAUUUUGACGAUUCUGAAGAAUCGGCCUUUUCUAUACACAAUCUUCUUCAAGCUGGAAAGGCUUACGACUUAACUGCAGGAUCAUGGAUGGGCCCAUAUGCUAUGUGUCGCACGUGGGAAACUCUUGUGCGUAGCAAGAGAGAGGAAAAUGACUUUGAGAAUCAUCCACUUCCCAUGGCUGUUUAUAUUGUUUCUGGAGACGAAGAUGGUGAACGAGGUGGAGCCCCGGUUGUCUGUGUGGAAGAUGCCUUUAGACAUUGUUUAGAAUUUUCCAGAGGCCAAGCGAACUGGACACCAAUGCUUUUGUUGGUUCCUUUGGUUCUCGGUCUUGAUACAGUCAAUCCCAGGUACAUUCCGUCUUUACGGGAGACAUUCACGUUUCCUCAAAGUCUUGGCAUAAUGGGUGGGAGACCUGGUGCAUCGACGUAUAUUGUGGGUGUGCAAGAUGAAAAAGCAUUUUACCUUGAUCCACAUGAAGUUCAGCCGGUAAUCGAUAUCAGUAGGAACAGUGUAGAGGCUGAUACUUCAUCUUACCACUCCAAUGUUAUAAGACACAUUGGCCUCGACUCGAUAGAUCCAUCUUUAGCAAUUGGAUUCUAUUGCCGGGAUAAAAACGACUUUGAUGACUUCUGUUUCCGAGCUUCCAAGUUGGCAGAUGAAUCAAAUGGUGCUCCAUUGUUUACCGUGACUCGGACAAAGAAUUUACCAAAACCGGUCGGUCACGCGGAUGUGUUGGGUGACAGUAGUGGGAUUAGUGACUCAUUUGAUGCACUUCCCAGCAACAACACAGAGGACUGUUCACAUGAAGAUGACUGGCAACUCCUUUGAAAGUAACUCUGUAGGCUCUGACGGCUCCUUUGCAAGUAAAUUUGGUAGCUGGUGCUGGGAUUACAAAACCUUGUACAUUUUCGACCCCGAAUAGCGAGAUCUCUGCUUCUCAGUGGCAGCAUCACUGCAAGCUCAAAUGUCUUGGUGACGCUUUAAGUUGGCAUUUGUAUAAUAUGGCAUUUAACUUAUAAUGAUUUUGUUCUUUUUUAUGUUUCUGUCAUGUUCAUGUAAACAAUUAUUACAACAUUUAUUUGUACUCUGUUCCUUGGUGGAUCAUAAGAUAUUGAACAUUGUUAUUCAUUAGC